AUGUACUCCUUGGUUGAAGCUGACGGUACCAAGCGUAUUGUAGAAUACACUGCUGACGAACACAACGGUUUCAACGCAGUGGUCCACAAGCAAGGAACCCCAGUUGUCAAAGCCGCAGUACCAGUUGUUGCUAAGUACGCAGCUCCUGUGGUCGCUAAGCUAGCAGCCCCUGUAGCUUAUGCUGCGCCAUCUUAUGGACACUAUUACCAUUAA